CUUCCGAAAUACACACUGCCGUAACUCUUCCCCAAACAAUAUUAUAGAUGGAUUGAACACGUGUGAAAACUUAAAGAAAGCAAAAUAACCCGAAUAAUGCCGUCGAGUGGAACAACUAUUACUGGAUAUGAUCACUGCGGAAAAAAAGAAAGACGAGGAAGGGGAAAAAAAAGUGAAGGCUGCUCAAGUGAAGGAGGUGGAGGAGCAGUGCGUGAGGAACCGUGCGUGAGGGAAGAUCAUCAACCACAAGCAUGACACUCGCAGCGCUGACCUUCCUCACUCUUCUGUGUCUGACGCCCGUGACUGGACGGUAUUCAAGCGGAAACCAAGGUGGGGAGUGGCAGCAGCAGGAGGUACGAGGAGGAGGAGGAGGAGGAGAAGCGGAAAGAGGAGAAAGAGUGGGAAGAAAGGACGUCAGGGAGAAUGAAAUCUUUCCGGAGAGCGCUUCCAGAGAUAGUGAUCGUGGUAAUGGUGACGGGUAUGGCGGCGCGCGAAAGCUGACGACGACGAGGAGGGUGGUGAUGGAGGUCGCUGGGAGUGUGUUGCGUCUCCUGCACCAGCACCGCGAGCAGGAGAGACGCAUGGGCCGGUCAUCUAUGGCCUCAACCGUAGCCAGGGACGCCAUCAGGCUCGUCGUCAUGGGCUUUAUGGGCUACCAAGGGGAGGAGGACUGCAUCAAGAGAGUGGCGUGUGAGACAGGGGGUAUCCUUGCCAGGGUCUAUCCCAGCGCCCCGCUUAUCCUCGGCGCCGCUGACCUGAUGGCUCCUCCCUACCUGAGCCGCAUCCUCCGCCUCGUCAAGGACGCCGCGAUGGGCCUGUCCUGCGUCUCCUUCAGAUGUGGUGACGCUUACUACCCAUCAGAAAAUGAAGUGAAUCACUGAAAUUGUAACAACCUACUACUACUACUACUACUACUAUUACUACUACUACGGCUACGACAAUGACUACGACUACUACUACGACGAUUGCGACUACGAUUACGACUACUACGACUACCACUACUAAUUUAAGUUUUUAUAAAUAUAUACGUGAGAUCCUAUUGAAAA